CAAUAAUAACCACCAAAAGCGGCUGAGUUAAUUGAAGACCAAAUCUAGCCGAGCUGUUAAUCAAACCCAAUUCGGAGCCUCUGUAGAUGUGCUGUUAAAUCCGAAAUAAAUAAAAUGUGCACCGCUGGCGUUGCGGCUGAUGGUGGUGCUGCUACAGGUGGUGCUGAUACUGCGGAUAAUGCUAGCUCUGCGGCCGCCCCAAGUUCGACGGCCUUGAACCCCCCACAGGUUACCAUUACCAUGGAUUCACCAGAGACCUUGAAGCCUCCAAAAAAGUCCAACUUGCGUCGUAAUCUUCAAUGGGUUCUAUCACCCGUUCUAACCGCUGUAACUGGCCUGAUCUUUUAUUACCAAGGACCUUGGUAUGGAGUGGCCACCCUAUAUGCCAGCUUAAUAGCCACAUUGCUAGUGCGUCCAGGAUGGCGGUGGUUCUAUAUAGCAGCGGUCACCACUCCACGAGAUACUAUAGCCCUCUUUGCAUACAUCCGAGUGUUAAUGUUCAUAAAACGGCAUGAGCGGAAGAACUUGAACAUCGGAGACAUAUUCGAGGCGAAUGUUGCCCGUCAGCCGGACAAGUUGGCCAUUGUUAGUGAGUCCCAACAAUGGACCUUCCGGCAGCUUAAUGAGCACUCGAACCGAGUGGCCAACGUAUUUCACAGUCAUGGCUAUAAGAAGGGCGAUGUGGUGGGUCUGCUGCUGGAAAAUCGUGCUGAAUUCGUGGCCACCUGGCUGGGUCUGUCCAAGAUCGGAGUAAUAACGCCAUUGAUAAAUACGAACCUCAGAGGAGCGUCCCUGCAGCACAGCAUUACGGUGGGUCAAUGCACGGCUGUCAUUUACGGAGCCAGCUUUCGAUCUGCCGUGAUGGAUAUAGCCAAGGAUUUGCCCGCUCACGUGGGACUAUAUCAGUUUAACGACGAGGCAAACCAGGAAAUUGUGGCUUCUGAGGGCCUUAGCCAGGGAUUGGCCCAGCAAUUGAAUGGUCUUUUGGAAACGGCUGCAAAAGAUAAAGUAGCCGCAGGUGCUUCUCGACCGGAUCAUCAUGACAAGCUGGUCUACAUCUACACUUCAGGUACUACAGGAUUGCCCAAGGCAGCCGUCAUAACGCAUUCUCGAUACUUCUUUAUAGCUGCCGGCAUCCACUACACACUUGGUUUUGAGGAGCAGGAUGUCUUCUACACUCCCUUGCCCUUGUAUCAUACUGCAGGCGGAGUCAUGAGCAUGGGUCAGGCCCUACUCUUCGGGUCAACGGUGGUCAUAAGAAAGAAAUUCAGUGCAUCGGGUUAUUUCUCGGACUGCGCACGGUUCCAGUGCACGGUUGGCCAGUACAUUGGAGAGAUGGCCCGAUAUAUCCUCGCCACUCCAUCGGCCUCUCACGAUCGGAAGCACCAGGUGCGCAUGGUGUUUGGCAAUGGAUUGCGGCAACAGAUUUGGCCACAAUUCGUAGAGCGUUUCGGGAUCCAAAAAGUAGGCGAAUUCUACGGAGCCACCGAGGGAAAUGCCAAUAUUAUGAAUAAUGACAGCACCGUGGGAGCCAUUGGCUUUGUGUCCCGUAUCCUGCCUCAGAUUUAUCCGAUUUCGAUCAUUAAGGCAGAUCCAUAUACGGGAGAACCUUUGAGGAACAGCAAAGGACUCUGUGAGAGAUGCGAAGCCGAUGAACCAGGUGUGUUUAUAGGAAAGAUUGUAAGGGGAAAUCCCUGCCGGGAGUUCCUGGGCUAUGUUGACCAGAAGGCAUCCUCCAAGAAGGUAGUCCACGAUGUCUUCUCUAAAGGAGACAUGGCCUUCAUUUCGGGAGAUCUUCUGGUGGCCGAUGAGAGAGGUUAUUUGUAUUUUAAGGAUCGCACUGGGGACACUUUCCGCUGGAAGGGGGAGAAUGUAUCCACCAGCGAGGUGGAGGCGCAGCUAAGUAAUUUGGCUGGUUACAAGGAUGUCAUUGUGUAUGGGGUGAGCAUACCUCAAACAGAGGGAAAAGCCGGAAUGGCAGCCAUUUACGAUCCAGUUCGAGAGGUUAAGGUCAGCCAGCUGGGCGAGGAACUGGCCAAAUCCCUGCCCAACUAUGCAAGACCACAGUUCCUGAGAUUUUUGCGAAGAAUUGAUCUGACAGGAACCUUUAAGCUGCGCAAAGUGGAGCUCCAGCAACAGGGUUUCAAUCCCGAGGUUAUAGAUGAUGAACUCUACUACGCUCAACCGAAUGGCGUUUAUGCUCCGCUCACCUUAUCCGUUUACGAAAGGAUAUUAAGGAACGAGCUACGCUUCUAGAAGCGCCAGACUUCUCGAAGAAAGAGAAGUCAAGACUGUGCCUCGUAUGUUAGUAAUUAGGAUUUCGGUUGGAUUCAUGCCGUCUAGUUUUAAUUUUGGCAAUCUUGUUUAUUGUGCUGGCAAUAAAUAUUGUUAAAAAAUA